UUUUGACAUCAUGAGAAAUACUCGAUCGUCGGCACUUGAUGCUGCCCAUAUAUUUUCUACGCCUCUUUCUCUGGAUGGGGAAGCUCGAGAUUCUGCAUGAGACACUUGACUAGAGAAAAUCUGCCAGAGACUCGAGAAACCACACACUCCUUUCGCAUAGCGAACAUUCGAAGAUAUCCAUCCCUGGUUGACCCUUCAAGAGGCUAUCGGCAGUUCUAUCCAGUUUUGCGAUCCAACUUAUCAUACAGUAUCCAGCGCCAGCUCCCUUUGUACAAGCAUCAGUGACCCCUGGCCCCAGGUCGUCCAGUCGGUAUUGCAGCAUCACUUCCUUGGCUUUCGACACUUCCAUCAACCCAGUCUCCCAACGACCAUGGCCAACAAUGUCACUUUGGUCUUGAAGCCCGUGGGCCCAAUAGGCUACGGCCUAAUGGGUCUGACCUGGCGCCCACAACCCCAACCCGCCGAAGAAAGCUACAAAGCCAUGUCAACCGCCUUCGAGCACGGCGCCACCUUCUGGAACGGAGGCGAAUUAUACGGCAAACCAGACCGACACUCCUGCCAUCUACUCAAUGAAUACUUCACGCAACACCCAGAACAAGCAGACAAAAUCGUCCUCUCGAUCAAAGGCGGACUGGUCCCAGGUCAGAUGCAACCCGACGGCUCAGCCGCAAACGUACGCCGCAGCGUCGAAGACUGUCUCAAAGUCCUCAACGGCACGAAAACAAUCGACAUCUUCGAAUGCGCUCGUGUCGACCACAAUGUGCCCAUCGAGACCACCAUCAAAGCUCUAGCGGAACUCGUCAAGGAAGGUAAAAUAGGAGGCAUAGGCCUGUCCGAAGUCAAAGCCAGUACCAUCGAACGCGCCGCUGCCAUUCACCCCAUCGCCGCCGUCGAGGUCGAAUUGUCGCUGUGGUCCACGGAUAUCUUGAGGAAUGGAGUCGCCGCGACAUGCGCGAAACUAAACAUCCCGAUCGUCGCGUACAGUCCUCUGGGCAGAGGAGCUUUGGCAGGCGACAAUAUUAUCCGCAAGAACUCGGAUCUACCCGAGGGCGAUAUGAGGAGGCAUUAUCCCAAGUACCAGGACGAUGUACUCGAGCAUAAUAACCGCAUUGUCGAGGAGGUGGCGAAACUCGCAAAGGAAAAGGGCGUGACGAGGGGUCAGAUUGCGCUGGCGUGGGUCAGAGGGUUGAGUGGCAGGACUAUCACGAAUGAAGAUGGCCAGGAGCUCAAGUUGGGUACUAUCAUUCCGAUUCCUGGAGCGACGAGACCGGAAAGAGUGGUCGAGAACUCGAAGCUCGUGGAUCUAAGCGACGCGGAAAUGAAGGAGAUUGCUGACAUUCUCAAGAAGAAUCCGGUCAAGGGUGAUCGAUAUCCCAAGGCGGGUAUGGCACAUGCCGAAGGCUGAGAUAGUUGAGUCGUGUUUCAGCUCACAUAUACCACAAUGAUCACGAGAAACAUGGACA